AUGGCUCUGUCCGCGGGUUGCGAUCACACCUGUGUGGUCGCAGAAGGUGGGCACCUACAUUGCUUCGGCUCCAUCUACUCAGGACAAUGCGACGUACCCCCUGGUUUGGGGUCUGUUGUUACUGUCUCCGCUGGCUGCCAUCACUCCAGUGCCGUAUGUGCAAACGGGCACUUGACCUGCUUCGGUUCCAACAUGGCAGCACAGCUUGAAGUUCCUGCAAACUUGGGGUCAGUUGUUGCCGUGUCGUCAGGUUGCUUGCAUACAUGUGUAGUGAAGCCUUCUGGUCAGCUGGUGUGCUUCGGCGACAACAGCAUGGACCAAUGCAGCAUUCCUGAUGGAUCAGGAAGCAUGUUGGCGGUUUCAGCCGGCUGCGACCACACAUGCGCUAUGACUUCCAGUGGGCACCUGGUCUGCUUUGGAUCAAAUGGCUAUGGGCAAUGUGACGUGCCGGAAGACUUAGGACCUACUUUGGCCGUUUCUGCGGGCAGCAAUCACACGUGUGCUUUGCGUGCAGAUGGGCAGCUGGUUUGUUUUGGAUCGAACUUGGACAGUCAGUGCAAUGUGCCUCCAAACUUGGGGCCAGUGACCGCUGUUUCUGCAGGCUUUGACCAUACGUGUCUAUUGACAUCUGAAGGCCGCUUGGUUUGUUUUGGGGACAACAGUGCUGGCCAAUGCGAGGUACCUUCUGACUUGCAUUUUGCAGUGGCAGUGUCUGCGGGACGCGCUCACACCUGCGCUCUCACGUCAGAUGGUCGGCUGGUUUGCUUUGGGGAGAAUGACGUGGGACAAUGUAAGGUCCCAGCAGAACUGACACAAAGGGGUCAUCCCUCAUGCUGUGGUGAGUGUGCUGGGACUGCUUGGCAUGUGGGACGCGAUAAGACAGUUGCGCACCUUGAGUUUGCAGAUCACACGCACACAAUGUCUUCAGUUCUGGGUACAGCUUCGCGAAGCCUAUGCAUGUGCGGCUUUCAGCGCUUAGUCAGUGUAACUGCGUCCUCUCAGCCAUGUCGUGUUCGGACACGACCGCAUCUGAGACCAGGCAUGUGCGUUCUGUAUCCAUUGCACUCUACUUGA